AUGAGAAUCGCUUCAAGCGUAGCUCUCAUCAAGGCAUUAGAGAAUUCUGAAAUUUCGGAUCUAGUUGAAGAAAUCUUAAAAACUGAUAUUCUCGAAGUCUGCAGUUUCCACUAUCUUGAAAAGCAUCCGAAAUUGUUGAGCACUGCAUUGUAUUUCAGUUUACAAAAAGAUUCUGGACACGUUGGAAUCGAAAUUUUCAACCAAUCAUGUAAACUAACCGUGGGCAGUGAAAUCGUGGCAACAGUCUUAAUUCACGAUUUCCAAUGGCCUAUCUAUUUUACCACUCUAUUAAUCAUAAAAAAGAUUCCGGAAUUUCAAUUUUCAAUUAUGGAAUGCUACUCGGGCAUCGAAACGAAAGUAUCAAAAUGUAGAAAGUUUUUAAAUACUUUGAUACAUACUUUGAAAGACUUGAAUUAUGAAUCUUCUUGCAAUAUCAAUUGUUAUUCGAGAAGAGAAUUCUAUUACGAUGGACCAUUCGGAAGUCAUGUUUACUUCACAAGAGCCAUCUCAGCUAUCGAUGGACUUUGUAGACACGAAAGAAUCGCAGGAAAUGAUUGA